CAGAUAUCUCUUGCACAACAGAAUCUUGUAAAUGUACAACCAGCAGCUUCUAAAAAGGCUGACCGCCUCUCUGACACUCAGUCAUUGUUCCUUUGUGACAGCAAUCUUUGCUCGGUGAUUUGAUCCCAUUAUAUUUUGAAGCCUAUCAGCUCUAGCAUCAUGAAUGUGUGGCUCAGCAGUUGUUUUCUGGUAGCGGGGCUGUUUCUGAGCAGCUCGGCGGCCCUGACGGCCGAAGAAUGCCAACCCUUGGUCAAGCCUUUGCCUCUGAUUGAACCCUCAACGAUGUAUGGCAGGUGGAUCACCAUUGCAGGUUACGUUGAUGGUGAAGGAUUUAAUGCCAUUCUGAAGGCCACAGAGAGUGCCUGGGUGAAUGUGACUCAAUCACCAUCCAGCCCAAAUGCAAUUGUUACACAUGAGAAGGACAAGAUAAAUGGAACCUGUGUGGACUUCGGUGUCAAUGUAACCAUUGAAGGCAACACUGGAUUUGGGUCACUAGUCAUGGACAUGAUCCAUUCAAAAUUCCACUUCCUGCCGAGCUGUGAAGGUUGUUCCGUCAUGAGCGUCAACACCACCGCCAGAAACCUCGACAAGAUAUUUCAGCAAUUAAACUUCAACAUGGACGUCACAGGGGAGGAGAUCCACGUUCGGGCCCUUUAUUUGAUAGGCAAAGAGUCCACGUUGAAGGACUCCGACCUGGAACAUUUCAAGCAGCAGGCGAGCUGCCUCGGCUUCUCCAGAGAACCAGACUUCCUCUACGACCCUAAGCAUGGAUUGUGUGCUUAAGGUGAGGGUAUGAAGUUUCAGCAAACUUUUUUUUUCUUCAAGUCAAGAGACAAAAAGUGACUCAAACCAUCAAAAUGUCUGGUCCGUAGUUCUGGAUUCAUAGUCUAAUAAAAUGUGUAACACAAAAGGUU